AUGCCAUCUGAGACACUUCCUCCUUCCCUAGCGCAUCGUUCUCGCACAAACAUCCAAUGGUUCACCAACAAGCAUAUGCGGCAGGUGUCCCGGCUCAAUGCGAAGCAGCACAGAGUCAACAUGAUGACGGCGGAAAACUGGUCAGUACGAGAUGAGCUCGUCGACCAGUACAAGUCGCUCUUCACCCAACAUCUCGCCCCCCGCCAUCUGUCCUACGCUGAUGGCAUGGGAGGCGACGCAGAGCUGCUGCAAGCCGCGUCGGACUUCUUCAACCGGGUGUUUACCGCGCAUAGCCCCGUGGAGCCGAACCACCUCGUCGUCGGGGCCGGAUGCAGCUCGUUGCUGGAGAAUCUGCUGUAUGACAUCUGCGAGCCGGGGGAGGGGGUCUUGAUCGAAACGCCGUUCUGGGGUGGUUUCGAGACCAGCUUCGUCCUGCGCACCAACGUCACGGCUUUUCAUGUUACACCUCCAUCAGACGUUCAUCUCCCCGAUGUAUCUGUGGACCAUCUCGUGUCGACGUACAUUGCCGCGUACGAACGGGCCCUACGGGAGGCCCCGUGCCGCAUCAAAGCGAUGCUCGUCUGUAACCCUCACAACCCAUGCGGUCAUAUCUACCCCGUGGAGGUGAUCCAGGCUUUGCUCCAGUUCGCCCAACGUCACGAUCUGUUCUACAUCUCCGACGAGAUCUACGCCCUCUCCACGAUUGACGAGCGAACACCGUUCGCCUCGGUCCUUAGCAUCGAUGUCUCCGCCCUUGGGGUAGAUCUGGCUCGCGUGUUCACGCUGUACAGUAUCAGCAAAGAUCUAGGAAGUAGCGGGUUGCGUCUGGGCUUCGGCAUCACCCAAGCCCAUCCUGACCUCCGUCUCUCCCUCGCCAUAGCGAACCAUUCCCGCGUUUCCACCUUCACCUCGCUCGUCAUCACCGCGCUCCUCCGCGACACCACGACCGUCGAUACUCUGCUGCAUCAGAAUCGAGCCGCCCUGCAGCGCAGCGCCCGGCUGGUAUGCGACUUUCUCACCUUUCACCAGAUCCCCUUUGUGCCGCCGGCCGCCGGUGUGUACGUAUGGGCGCGCCUGGGAUGCAGGUCGUCUUCACUUGCCACCCGCCCCGAGCCCAGCUGGGACGACGAGGCGGGCCUGAACGAUCGAUUCGAGGCGGCGGGGGUCUCGGUGGGCGCGGGACAAGGGUAUCAUGCUGGCGAGCCGGGCUGGUUUCGUAUUACGUUUACCCUUCCGCAGGACGAGCUCGUGGCGGGGCUGCAGCGGAUCGAACAGGUGAUUAGAUGGGACAGAGUGCAUGGCGUUGGCGGCUCGAUGGGCGAUGUAGAGAUAGACAAGGCGGUAUGA